CAGCGAUAGGAGGUGCAGCUUAAGGAACGCCAGCAUAAAUUAGACCAUCCAACAGCUUGAAAGUUCCAGUUUAACAAAGAUCUCCUGUGGGGAAAUGCGCAUGAGCAGACAGGGUAGAUUAUUUAAGGACUGCCUUCAGAAACAGAUGUUGGACGUGGUGCUGUAGUAGCAGUUGCUUUGCUGAAAAAUUUGGAAUAGAUUUAAGCUGACUGAAACUAAGCUCACACUCGGGUGUACCAGCUGCCAGCCAUUCUCCCACACCAGAGAGUAACUUGAUACCAGGAUCUGAAUGCACUAGAUGAAGAAAUGAAUUGGCAACUAACAUAUUACUGGAGAUCACUGGUCAUGCCCCUGGUCUUCUGUCUGCUUCUACAACCACCACAGACACAGCUUUCCAUUACCACAAAGCCAAACAUUGUCCUGUUGAUGGCUGAUGACCUCGGUAUAGGGGACAUAGGUUGCUAUGGGAAUGAUACUAUCAGGACCCCAAAUAUUGACCGUCUGGCAAAAGAAGGAGUGAAACUGACUCAGCACAUUGCUGCGGCUCCACUUUGCACCCCCAGCAGAGCAGCAUUCCUCACUGGCAGAUAUCCCCUCCGAUCAGGCAUGGAUGCUAUAAACAAUUAUCGUGUUAUUUUUUGGAAUGGUGGCUCAGGAGGGCUCCCUCCCAAUGAAACCACUUUUGCCAAAAUAUUGCAGCAACAAGGCUACAGCACGGGACUAAUAGGGAAGUGGCAUCAAGGUGUUAACUGUGAAUCCUUCAAUGACCAUUGUCAUCACCCUUUAAACCACGGGUUUGGUUAUUUUUAUGGCAUGCCUUUUACGCUAAUAAGUGACUGCCUAACAACAGAACCUCCAGAGAUGGACAGAGAAUUUAGGAGGAAACUCUGGCUUUACACGCAGAUGAUUGGUCUUGUUACACUCACUUCUGCCCUAGGAAGACUUACAGGCUUGAUUUCGGUCAGCUGGAAAAUAGUGACCUGCCUUGCUGGGUUUAGUCUUCUGUUCUUUGCAUCCUGGUUCUCAAGUUAUGGAUUCAUAAGACACUGGAACUGCAUUAUGAUGAGAAACCAUGAAGUUACUGAACAGCCAAUGGUGACAGAGAGGACUACAUCCCUUAUCCUGAGGGAGUCUAUUUCAUUUAUUGAAAGAAACAAGCACAAGCCGUUCCUCCUCUUUCUUUCCUUUUUACAUGCCCACACCCCUCUCCUCACCACAGAGAAGUUUCUUGGGAAGAGCAGCCAUGGUUUAUAUGGAGACAAUGUAGAGGAGAUGGACUGGAUGGUGGGCCAAGUUCUAGAUGCUAUUGAGAAGGAAGGCUUGAAAAAUAUUACACUAGUUUACUUUGCCUCUGAUCAUGGUGGAUGGCUGGAAAGACAAGAAGGAAAAAGGCAGCUGGGCGGUUGGAAUGGAAUAUAUAGAGGUGGAAAAGCUAUGGGAGGCUGGGAAGGAGGAAUCCGUGUCCCAGGGAUAUUUAGAUGGCCAGGAGUGUUACCUGCAGACACAGUUAUUGAUGAACCUACGAGCCUUAUGGACAUUUAUCCUACAGUAGUACAUCUGGCUGGAGGAGUAGUACCCCAGGACCGGGUAAUUGAUGGCCGGGACCUGAUGCCUUUACUGCAAGGAACAGUUCAGCACUCAGAGCAUGAAUUCCUGUUUCAUUACUGUGGCGUUCACUUACAUGCAGUGCGGUGGCACCAGAAAGACAGUGGAUCCAUCUGGAAGGCUCAUUAUGUGACACCAGUCUUUCGUCCACCUGGGGCUGGAGCUUGUUAUGACAGAGGAUUUUGCCCAUGCUUUGGGGAAGGUGUGACAUAUCAUGACCCUCCCUUGCUGUUUGAUCUCUCACAAGACCCUUCUGAAGCCAAACCUCUAGCAGCUGACACUGAGCCCCUCUUUGACGUUGUAAUAAAGAAGAUUGGAAGAGCUAUUGAAGAGCAUCGCAGGACACUGACUCCAGUCCCAGAGCAGCUGUCCUUGUACAACAUUAUCUGGAAGCCAUGGCUGCAGCCAUGCUGUGGGACAUUCCCUUUCUGUUGGUGUGAUAAGGAAGGUGAUAACAAACUUGCUGAUCUAUAAAAGAACAAAAUGUUAAUUCCUCAGAAGUGCUUUUAGAUCAAGAAUGCUUUUUGGUGGUGUUGGUUAAUAUUUUUUUUAAUGGAUUCUAUAUUUGAGAAUUGUUCCAGUGGAUGGCAGUAUAUUUGGUAAAAGUUGCAUUAGGCAGGAUACUGCCAUGGAGAGAUCAAGGAAGUAUAUUCUUAAUAGCAUGUUUUAAGUUCUGCCUGCUGACAACUGAAUGACUAAUUCAAAUGCACUGAAGUAGGCCAACAUCAGAGUUAUACCAGUAACAAAAUAACUUAUCUUUUGCUGUUUGUAAAUAUAACUUAGAAGCUUAACUUUGGCUUUUGUUCCAAAUUUCUAAGUCAUUCCACCAAAGCCUCCCUUAAUUUUAUCUUUAUUGGCAAUGCAUAAGAUGCCCCCUGUAAAAUAUUUUUUGCAGUCCCUCCUGCUCCAAAAUAAUUCUUCCCAUAGUUCCACACAGCAUCUCCUUUAAAUGUAGCUUCCUUCCUUCUUUGUUGCUGGUUCCUCCAGCAGCACUGAUGAUGGCAUCUGGUAAGCCUGGGGUUUCUGGAUCAGGAGUAAGUGCCUUGGUGAGGCAGUUGCCCUAGAAAUGUGAUAAGUCAGAUAACAGCUGUCAGCACUUUCUGAGAAGGAUGGGAUUCCUCUGAUCAGUGCCAGCCUCUUCCAACGGGAAGCACAAGAUGGAAAGGACUUUCACUUUCCAAAGCUACCAUUGCACGCAGCUCCCUGAGCAGCACUGGGGAGGGCAUAGUGACAUUACAUUCUGCCAUGUUGCAGAAAUGCAACACUGAUAACCAGCUUAGUUGUUUUGGCACAGAAUUAUACAAGUUCUCUUGCUGCCCAUAUCUCAGUCAUAACUGGUUCCUGCUGGCAAGUAACAGAUUCAGACAAGACUCUGAAAGAUGUCCAAUAAUAAUUGUGAAAGUUAACAAAUUUUAAUUUACCUUCAAAAUAAGAAUUGCAGAAUAAAGGUAUUUCUUGCUUCAUAAAUUACAUUCUUCAUCCCACCCAAUAUUUAGUAUUGCUAAUCUAUCUCCUUUCCUUGGCUGCUAUAAAUCCUGUUCUUCCCUUUUUUGUCUGUUAAAAUAGUUGCUCCUAUUAAGGUGGCCUUGCAGGGAGUGUUUUUCCUUGUGAGGUAUAAAAUAUACCUGUCCAGAUCGAUAAGUAUACACUCGUAUAUCUGAAUACGUAUGUAUCUGAGAACAUAAUUUUCCCCUCAGAUUUAGUUUACAUUUUUUACUGCUUCUCUAACUGUUGUGCUAGGGCCUAUUUCUCUUGUUCAUCUCCUUUGAUAAAUGUGUUUGGCAUCAGUUUUUAUUCUUCCACUUUUUUCACACAAUUCCACUCAUCAGGAGAUCUGCAGGUAAAUAAAUUCCUAUGGUUUAAAAGUACAGAUAUAUUAUACACUCUGGCCUCAUGCAUCUCACAGACUGUUAUAAUUCAUUCACCCAGUUGCUCCUUCACUGCUAUCGAUAAGAAAGGCCUCCAGUCUUACUGUGAAAACUUCAAUAGAUAAAGUGAAUCCAUCAUAUCAUUGGGCACUGGACUACUGCUUAAUUUUCUCCGUUGUUAAGUGUGUGUGCUUUAUUUCUCCUUUGAUUUCAAUGGUUCAUUUCAAUGGUCAUUUGAUUUCAUUGGUUCUUUAUUGGCUAGAUUUAAAGGUUUUUUCAUCUCCAAUAUCCAGUGGAUUUUUUACAUAAAAUUACUGUUAAAACUAACAUUUUUCAGUUCCCUCAGUCUUUUUCCAAGACCUUCCAUUCUCAAACCAGUUUAUUAGCUGGGGUUUUACAUCAUCUCAAAUUUUCAACACCUUUUAAAAUAUGUGGGUAUAAGACCUGUUCAUAAUGUUCUCCCAAUAGGCAUCUCGCAAUACUAUAUUGCCAAGAAAAUACUUUUCAAGUCUUGCUCUGCUUCAUCUUUAUGUGAUUGAACUAGUCUUUUUUGCACAGAAAUACUGCAUACCAUUGUAGGAUAUCCAUUUGGAACUAGGGUAUAGGAAAACAUCUGAGUUACAAUUUAUCCCGGCCAUUGGGGUUUGCCCAUGAAGCUACAGUUAUUAGUCCUGG